CCUCCAAGACAUGGAGUUCAUCCAGUUCCAUCCAACCGGUAAUUACAUCGUAAAGGGAGCAAAAUAACCGCGUGCAAAAUGCUUUCGUCGCUUAAUCCGUCGACUUUUCCGUUAGGCAUAUACGGGAGUGGUAUUCUGAUAACGGAGGGCAGCCGAGGGGAAGGUGGAAAGCUAUUGAAUUCCGAAGGGGAAUACUUCAUGGAACGAUACGCGCCAAACGCGAAGGAUCUAGCGUCUCGCGAUAUCGUGUCGAGAGCUAUAACCAUAGAAAUAUUCGAGGGAAGAGGCGUUGGCGUUAAGAAAGAUCACGUCCACCUUCAACUGGAUCAUCUGCCAGUGGAGACUAUACGGACGAAACUACCAGGGAUAUCACAUUUGUCCUGGGUGUUUGCUGGCGUUAACGUGGAGAAAGAACCGAUUCCUGUUAUCCCGACGGUACAUUACAAUAUGGGAGGUAUACCUACAAAUUGGCGCGCACAGGUUAUCACGCGAGAGAAAGAGGAAGAUCAUGUGAUCGAAGGACUCUGGGCGGCGGGUGAAACUGCGUGUGCAUCCGUUCAUGGCGCCAAUCGACUAGGCGCGAACAGUCUUCUGGAGCUGGUCGUCUUUGGCAAAGCGAUCGCCGAUAAUAUCGAUUGCAUGACCAGACCCGGUGAGCGUCACGAGGAUCUGUCAACUGCUGUUAGCGAACAAUCAAUUUGUCGUUUCGACGCGACCCGUUACGCAAAAGGCUGCAUUCCUGUUGCCGAGUUGCGGGAGGAGAUGCAGCAAACAAUGCACCGAUAUUGCUCUGUCUUCAGAACCUGUCACAUAUUGCAGCGAGGAUGCCGCGAGAUGACGCGGCUUUACACCUGCGAUCUACCGGACUUAUGUGUUCAAGACCAGUCAUUAAUUUGGAAUACAGAACUCGUAGAAGCCAUAGAAUUACAAAACAUGAUGCUGGUUAGUAUGCACAUUGUUUACGCGGCGGAGAAUAGAAAAGAAUCCAGAGGAUCACACGCUCGGGACGAUUACAAGGAAAGAAUCGACGAGUACGAUUACACGAAACCCCUCAAUGAUCAGAAAAAACGUGCGUACAUCGACCACUGGCGCAAACAUACGCUGACGUGGGCACGCGAGGAUGGAUCAAUCAGCAUAUCUUAUCGACCCGUCAUCGACUCGACAUUGGACGAGGCAGAGGCCAAACACGUUCCGCCAGCUGUUCGGACGUACUGAUCACAACUUUCUGCCUGUAGCGUGGCGUUUUUGCUACGA